UUAUGAAUCUAUUUCGUUUUAAGUGCAGAAAUUAUAAAAUAGUGCAGCUGCAAAGAACGAACACUUGAUAAUUGUUAGUAAGUGCAUCAUAAAUGCACUUGUUGCUAAUACAUCUUGAUAACAGCUCAUAGCAUACUACGAAAUUAUAUAUAUAUAUAUAUAUACAUAUUUUAUUACAUUAUAAUGUAACAAGAAUAUAACAAUGGCAAGGCAAAUCACGACAGUGCUGAUAGAUCUCAGCGGGACGUUGCACAUUGAAAAUACAGCUAUUCCAGGUGCCGUACAAGCAUUAAACAGGCUACGAAAUGCAAACUUGUCAAUUAAGUUCAUCACCAACACCACCAAAGAGUCAAGUAAUUAUUUAUAUGAACGUCUGAUAAAACUUGGAUUUGAUUUACGAAAAGAAGAGAUCUUCAGUUCGUUAGCAGCAGCAAGAAAAUUAAUUAUCUCCCAACGAUUAAAACCGAUGCUGUUAAUUGAUCCGGCAGCGAUGGAGGAUUUUCAAGAUUUAGCAACAGAUGAUACACCUAAUGCAGUGGUGAUUGGUUUAGCACCAAGCAAAUUCAACUACGAAGAACUGAACAAAGCAUUCAGAUUGCUUUUGGAUGGCGCUUCUCUCAUAGCUAUUCACGAAGGACGAUAUUACAAGCGUUCCGAUGGCCUAGCUCUAGGUCCUGGGGCGUUCAUCAAGGGACUGGAAUAUGCUAGCAAUACGAAAGCAGAAGUUGUUGGAAAACCGACUAUAGGAUUUUUUAAGGCAGCUUUAGAAGAAACAGAUCCAGCGCAGGCUGUAAUAAUUGGAGAUGACGUAAGGGAUGACGUAGCUGGUGCACAGGCAGCUGGAAUCAGAGGUAUUCUGGUACAAACUGGUAAAUAUAGAACAGGAGAUGAGAAUACAAUUACUCCGGAACCAGCAAGAUGUACAUAGUCUGGAGUGAUGCCAUAUUAUUGUAAAACAGACGCAAUAAAUACAAAUAGAAAUUAAUAUCAAUUCUUUUCUGAUAUGGAGCCUUAUGUCAUUUUGCCUAUUAAUAUAAGUAUCAAUAGAGACAAUAGUAAUGUAUUACAAAGAUAAUCAGAUAAAUAUGAAAGUAUUCAAGGAUAGAAAUAUCGUCUCGUUGUACAUUUGUAGAAAAUUGUAGAAAAUUUGACUUGAUCAGUUUGACAUUGAAAAGUUUGAUAAUUUACACGUCGGGACAGUAAAAUGUAGUAUUUUACAAAGCAAUCUGACAUACAAGCAUUCGAUCUUUUGCAGAGACGAUAUUAGUCCAUAAUCUUAAUAGUUCUAAAAAUUAUAAAUUUAAUCUUUCGCUACAUAGCCUUAUGUCAUAAGUAGUACCACUGUAGAACCUGCACCUAAAACAGGUUUACAAAAAAAAUGCUGUUUAAAAAUGUACGGUGCUUUGCGAGUAUCAUUUUCCAUAUAAAAUUUGGCACCCAAAUUUGCUAUUUUGUUCUUUAAAUCUCGUUUCUUUUUACAUAGAUUGAAGAAAGAUGAAAUCGAUAUUUUGAUUUUUAUACUAUUAACGUUCUCAAAUUAAUACUUCGUUUUUCUGUGCAAAAAUAACAUGUCGGUGAAUAAAAUGAUUAAA